AUGAAACUCAUUGCGGUGGUUACACUUGUCAUGCCCUUACUGGGGCUUUCAUCCGCAGAAAUGAACAAGGUUGGUAUUGGCAGUCGUCAUCCAGCCUUCCAACUCUACGAAGGGUGCACAACUCUUGCUCGCACCUAUAUGUAUGCUUGUCCUUCUAAAUACUUUACUGGCAUGGGCUAUGCUCUUAAUGCCUGUAACUGUCAAAGUGAUGAGUUUCUAGCAACUUAUGUGGACUGUGCUGAGCGUUCUGGUGGAGAUGCUGCUGGUGCCAUCAAGCUACUGGCCAAGGGCUGCAUGGCCCUCAAGUCAACUAAAAAUGUCACUUAUAUCAUGAGUGCUUAUGACAAUCAACAAAAUAACUUCAUCGAGGUGGCAGAUAUCAAAAACUCGUCAGCUCAGCUGACAAAUGCUGUUUACUUUUCUCAAACUCAAGUUGAUAAAGCUUACCGAAGCUUCCGUGCUAUUGAAAAAAACAAGUACAAGAGUGUUCUUUACGGUGCUGCUCUCCUUUGCUACUUUGGUGGUGUUUUUCUCAUUGCUACUAUUUGCAACUUUACAAAGUCCUGUGCGCCUGGGUUGGCAAAAAGUGUUUCAAACACAAAGCCUGUUCUCUUUAUCAGACAAAAAAUCGCCAAUCCGGCUCUUGGUGGAUUCAAGCACAGUCUCCCAUACCAAUGGGGGCCCGUUAGUAUGUCUCCUCCUUCCCGCUCCCAGUUUGUCAUUCUUCUUGGUUAUGCCAUCAUGCUAUUCAUCUUCCACUUCCCCAAUUAUGACUUGUUUGAUGGAAAUAUCUCCUUCACUACCAAGUACCUUCAACUUACAAAAUACGUUGCUGACCGUACUGGUAUCAUCGCAAUGGCCCAGCUUCCUCUGCUCUACAUUCUGGCUUCGCGCAACUCCAUCAUUAUGUGGUGCACUGGUUGGAACUUUGAUACAAUGAACAUGUACCAUCGUUGGGUGGCUCGAUCCAUGGUUCUGGACGCCUUUUUACAUUCUGUGCUUUUCACAGUCAACUACCGCAAGCGUGGUGAUUUCUUUGGCCACUGGAAGUCUUACUUUAUGAAGUGGGGUGUUGUUGCCUUUAUCUGUUCCUGCUUUAUUCUUUUCUUUUCACUCCGCUUCUUUAGAGUUUCUUAUUAUGAGUUUUUCUUAUUUUCUCACUGGAUCUUUGUUUGCUUUUUCACUGCUGGUACAUGGAAGCAUCUUUUUGGUCGUGGAUGGACUGUUUGGAUGUACCCUUGUGUUGCUCUUUGGGCCUUUGACAGGGCUUGUCGACUCGGCCGCAUAGCCUUUUCUAGUGUUACAUCUACUGCAAAUCUUGAACUUUCCAAAAAUAAAGAGUUUGUCAAAGUCAAAAUUGACUACUCUUUCACAUGGGGACCCAAUGCCGGCAACUAUGCAUUUCUUUACUUUUUGCUUCCUUUUCUCAAGUUUUGGGAAAAUCACCCCUUUUCAUGCUACCAAUCUCCUCUUCCUGGCGAGGAGCAAAAGCUUUGCUUUGUUAUGAAGACUCAAAAUGGUAAGACCAAGCAGAUUGCAAACUACCUUGCUGGAAAAGAAGCUGGCAGAGCUCGGGUUCCAGUUCUUAUUGAAGGUCCUUAUGGUCAUACAUUCCCCGUGGACAAGUCCGACACCAUUGUGCUGAUUGCUGGCGGUAUUGGUAUCACAGCUACCUACUCCUAUGCUGCAAAGCUUAAGAAGCAGGCCUGCAAGAAACAUGUUGUUCUCUUGUGGGUCACCCGGACACAUGGGAACAUUGAAGUCAUGAAGGACGAGAUUAACUAUCUGACUUCCUGCAGUGAUUCCAUUGAUGUUUCAAUCUAUGUCACUAAUGAAGAAGCCAAUAUGUCGCCAUUCACUGAAAAAACCAAGUCUGAUGAUUCUUGUUCUGAUGAAAAAAAGAGUGAUGACGGGAACGCAAGUGGCAAUGAGCUUGGUGCUUCUAUUUCCUAUGGAACUCCAGAUUUGAAUGGCAUUAUUUCUGGCUAUGUUUCUCAAGCUCCUGGUACUAUUGGCUUUUUCGUUUGCGGCCCCCCAGCCGUCAAUGAUGUUGUCCGCAGCGCAGUUACUGCGAAUAUGGACAAGGGUAAAGACCGUGUAGAUUUGUUUGUAGAAGCCUACAAUUGGUAA